AUGAAUAUCUUUAGGCUUUUGGGAGAUAUGUCCCAUUUAUUAGCCAUUAUUCUGCUUCUUUUAAAAAUAUGGAAGACGCGCUCAUGUGCAGGUUUAUCUGGGAAGACCCAGUUGAUGUUUGCUCUCAUCUUUACGACGCGCUACCUCGACCUCUUCAUUUACUUUGUGUCGACAUACAACAUGCUGAUGAAGAUUGCCUUCGUCAUUCUCUCCUACCUGACCUGUUAUUUGAUGUUCUUUAAAUUCAAAACAACUUACAAUAAAGAAGACGACAAUUUCCGGAUUUUGUAUCUGAUUAUUCCGUCUUUUAUCCUGGCUCUGCUUGUCAAUCACCAAUUCUCUCCUGUCGAGGUCCUGUGGACGUUUUCGAUAUACCUCGAGGCAGUGGCAAUCCUGCCGCAGCUUCACAUGAUCACAAAGACAGGCGAGGCUGAGACGAUCACGGCGCACUACCUGUUCGCUCUUGGUUCCUACAGGGCGCUAUACAUAGUCAACUGGAUCUACCGAUAUGUAAACGAGGACUCCUACGAAUUGAUUGCCAUCGUCGCUGGAAGCAUUCAGACGGUCCUUUAUGUGGAUUUCUUCUACCUAUACGUCACACGGGGUAGGUGUUGUCAGAUGCCUCAAUUGGCACACUCCCGGUUCUAG